CAAGAUUGGUCAGAGAUACUUGGUUUUGGUAAGAGACAGGACCUAAAGAAACAUUUGCACGAAGAAAAAAGAUGGAGCUCAUCGCACCAGGCGAGCAUGGCAGUGCGCGUCAUUUGCGACCUCGCAGCGCGCAUGGCGACCAUGCCGUAGCUGUACCCGAAGUACAAAAAGAUGAUGACGGUGGUGGACAACAACAUGUAGAAGAGACUCACACUCAUGGUCAUGAGGCACACGAUCGACAACAUGGGGAACAUUGGCAAGCCAGCAAUUGCGAGUUGUUUUUUGAUCUCGCGUACGUGGUGAUCAUCCACAACAUCGCAGCCCCACUUGAAGAGGAAGAAGAGCAUCCGGUUUUCCCCUAUCUCUACUGCCGCGUGAUGCUCAUGAUCAGCACGGUGUGGGCUCUGUGGUCCAUGGUUUCCGAUUUUGCGGUCUCUUCGCGCUAUUUCGCGGAAGCGAAAAAUCGUCCCGAUGCGGGUAACCGUUUGACGACAUUUGCAGCCUCGGUUGUGCUCUUGGCCAUGAUUUUUUCGGGUUUGAUGGGGAGAGCGAGUCAACAGCUAAACUUUCUGGUCUUCGUUUUAUGGUACGUCACGGCUGGAGCACUGGUGACGGCGUCCUUCAAAUGGCUGGCGCGAAGGCGCGGAGACGAGCCGCCGAAUGCCGACUUAGACAAGUUUAACCUGGUAGGUGUAAUUUACGCCGUCUUCGUCUUUGUCGACGCGUGUUUGCUUAUACCGGCAGCGCUGCUUAUCGAAAAGGACCAGCGAAAAAGUGACGCAAGAGCAAGCUUUCAACAGCUGCGAGCCUCGUCGAUGAGCGUGCAUGAGCAUCAAGGAGUCGGCACUAGUUCUAGUAUCGGCAACAAUCCUCAAGUUCUAAGCGGUGCUAACGCAGCAGGUAUGGGACCAUCCUCGUCUUCGUCUAGCAACUCGGGAGGCCUCAAUAACCCUCUACAAGUAGGUUCUUAUCCAUCAGACGACCACUCACUAGUAGGGCCAUUUCAUCUAGGAGAGUGGUUGUGGGUUACGAUGUUCUUUUUGAAGAUUUUCUUUGUCUUUGCGGGCAAUGCUCUCUUCCAAUCCGAAUACGACUCGAUUGCGGAUUGCGUGCGAGCCAACAAGAGUUUACUGCAUCUCUGGCAAGAACGGUUUCAACUUGUCGUUUUGAUUUCUCUCGGCGAAGUCGUUGCAGCCAGCUUCGAGGUUCCGCAUAGAGCUAGUGACCAUUUGUUCGAGAGUAGCUCUUCCUGGUUGAUGCGAAACCGAAAUCAUGCGGCUUACAAUCUGCAGCAGGUGAACCACAAUCGUCCUCGUGGAAGCGACGUAACAAGUGCAGCUGGUGGAAUGCAUUUCCAAGAGAGUCAUCAGGUAGUUCGAGUUCCGCGACCAGACUACAGUGAAGAUUUUCUGACUCGUCUUGGCGAUCUGUCGCAUGAGACUGUGGCAUUGAGCUGCAUGGCAACAGCAAUUGCGUGUUACUGUCUGUACUUUUGCGUCGAUCCGCCAGGAUGGCGCAAUUGCGGUGUGAUGAGCAUGGUCGGAUUCGCAACUGAGGCCCUUGCAACUGUGAUCAUCACGUGUUCCCUCGCCGGCCUCGGAGCAGGAUACGCGCGGCUGUUGAAACUAGCGAAACUGGAAGAGCAUCGCGUCGUGGGUUACGAAACAAGUGCUAGUACUUUCAAUAUCGAUUCGGCCUUCUUCCAUACCCGAGAAACCAACUACUUCGCGCAAACAGUAAUGCUGCUAUACUUCAACGGCUCUGGCUUCUUGAUCGGCGCUAGCAUUAACUGCUUGUUCGGAAGUCCAGCGCCUGAAGGAGGCGACCAUGAUGACGCUUCUCUCUCUUUCACCAGUCUACAUCAAGUCGCAGCGGAAAUACAACUGCAACAGGCGUCAGGCUCAGGAGUCAGCGCGAGGCCAGGGCAGACUCCUCGAAGAGUCCUGAUAAACAAACCGCGUCUUGGAGGCAAAGUACGCGGAGUUUUGAGGAUCGCAGUUGCAGUUCUGUUUUCAGCGGUGCCGCAUUUACAAUCGAUGAAACGCGACGUGUACAGUAGGACGACUAGAAUGCUUGCUGUGGCGGGCUUUUUACCAGUCGUUUUGCUUCUUCUCGCGGCUAUUGAGUCGAUAGGGACCCGACCCAGACGAGUGGCGAGUUAG